CACAUGUGCAUAUCACCGCCAGUAAAACACGAAGCACUGGAUAAACAUACUUUGCUGGUCAAACACUCUUCUCCCUAUUGCAAUCAAAAACUGCCACAGUUCCGGCCUGUCCAUUUCCACGCAGGAAAUCUCCCCAGAGAAAACGCAGUCUAGGAACGCGAAUUCAGAAAGUUAGAAGGAGAAGAUGAUGGUGGUGAUGAAUCGGCGCGUGGCUUGGUUGUCGGCGGUGAGAGCUCUGAUCGUCAAUGGCGGCAAAAGCAGCGGCAGUAGCAGCAGCAACCGCUAUAUUUCCACUGCCGCCGUGGCUGGUAAGCCUUUGGAAAGUUUCUGUGCAUCCAGAGAGUUGGACUGGAGGAAGAGCACGAUGGUGAUGAGGAUGAUGUGUACGGCAUCAUCGUCGUCGAAGGAAUUGACGGAGAAAGACGAUCGUAAGGAGAAGACAUCGUCGUCGGCGACUGAAGCGAAGAAGAAGAAGGACGAUGAUGAAGAUAAGGCGUUGGUUUCGAGCUACUGGGGGAUAGCAAGGCCGAAGAUCACCAGGGAAGAUGGCACCGAAUGGCCCUGGAACUGCUUCAUGCCAUGGGAAACUUAUCGUGCGGACAUAUCCAUUGAUCUGAGCAAACACCAUGUCCCGAAGACAUUUCCUGACAAAGUGGCUUAUAGGACGGUGAAACUCCUUAGAAUUCCAACUGAUAUAUUUUUCAAGAGACGAUAUGGUUGUCGUGCUAUGAUGUUGGAAACUGUGGCUGGUGUCCCUGGUAUUGUAGGAGGAAUGCUGCUGCACUUAAGGUCUCUCCGCAAGUUCGAUCACAGUGGUGGUUGGAUUAAAGCAUUGCUUGAAGAAGCAGAGAAUGAGAGGAUGCACCUGAUGACCAUGGUGGAACUUGUUAAACCAAAAUGGUAUGAGAGGCUACUGGUUCUGGCUGUUCAGGGAAUCUUCUUCAAUGCCUACUUUGUGCUUUAUUUACUUUCCCCCAAGGUGGCACAUAGAGUUGUUGGGUAUCUGGAAGAGGAGGCUAUUCACUCUUAUACAGAGUAUUUGAAGGAUAUUGAUAACGGUAAAAUUGAAAAUGUUUCCGCUCCUGCUAUUGCAAUUGACUACUGGAGGCUGCCCAAAGAUGCAACCCUCAAGGAUGUUAUUACUGUGAUUCGUGCUGAUGAAGCUCACCAUCGGGAUGUGAACCAUUUUGCAUCAGAUAUUCAUUUUCAGAAAAAGGAAUUGAGAGAAGCUCCAGCUCCUAUAGGUUAUCAUUAACUGUGAUAUUGCAUGUGAAUCAGAAUGGCAACUUUACAAAUUGGCUCCUGUAUAUGUGCAGAGGAUAGAAGUAUGCAUUAUUUUACAUAUGGAAUUAAGAGGUUAAAUAAUAUCAGCUAUCAUGUAGUGGAAGCUUCAAGUGUGUUAGCUAGUAUCGUGACCUUUAAAAUCAGGGUAGUUCAUCUUCCUCUCUUUAUAGUUUGUCAUUUUUGUGCCAUUUUGAUCAUAUGCCCUAUUACUGUAGUGUACGGUGGAAAAAGUGAGGAUAUUACAUCUGAUGUGUGUAUUAACAUUCUUUGAUGUUUCUACCACAAAAAUAAAAAUAAAGAUGUUACGUC